CCAGGUUUACCAAGAAUGACCAAUGCAUGGUUUCAAUGACAAACAACAAAUUGAAGAUUUGUCCAAAAUUCUUAUACAAAGAAAGCAAAAGAUUUAUUAGCUCACUUUUUAAAGUUUAAGUUUUAAAUAUCAAAGUUAAUCUUUUAAUAAAAAUGGACGAUCGUGAAGGGAUGAUUGCACAUUUUGAAGACGUUACUGGGGUUGAUACUGCAAGAGCUCGAUUCUAUCUAGAAUCCUCUGCUUGGCAAAUUGAUGUUGCACUUGGCAGAUUUUUUGAGUAUGAUACAGAAAGAGAACAAGAGGAAGAUCUCUAUAAUGAAUCUAAUGAUUUGGCUAGACGACAAGAGCCUAUUCCUACAGAAAAGAAACCAUCCAAAACUAAAUCAAAAAAGAAAUCAAAUUUUGGUACUAUUCAAGAUUUUCAAAAUAAAGAGAGUAGUUCGGACGAGGAAGAAGGACAAGCUUUCUAUGCCGGUGGUUCCGAAACAAGUGGACAACAAAUUUUAGGACCUGGCAAAAAAAAUGAUAUUAUAACAGAUAUGUUUAAAUCGUGUCAAAAACAAGAUACUAGCGGUGAAUCAAGCACGUCUAGUAGUAGUCAGCAUAGGCCAAAUACGUUUGUUGGUACUGGAUAUAAAUUAGGAAUGACAAGUAAUGACACUGAAGUCGUAACACCUACACCAUCAGAAAGAAGACCGUCUACUAGCCUCAUUACUUUAAAAUUGUGGCAAAAUGGUUUUACCAUAAAUGAUAGAGAAAUCCGACCGUACGAUGAUCCGGAAAAUAAAGAAUUUCUUGCAGCAAUUAAACGCGGUGAAAUUCCACUGGGAAUUCGACAAGAAGUUCAAGGAGGUGAAGUGCACCUUAAUAUGGAAGAUCAUCGUCACGAAGAAUAUAUUCCUCCAAAACCCAAAAUUAAAGCGUUUUCUGGUAAAGGCCAAAUGUUAGGAAGUCCUUCUCCAGCUACAGUUGGAGUGACAGUAUCAGUCGAUCCAGCUGAUCAAGCUGCUAACGAAGUACUAGCAAGAAAUCAAUUAAAUAUUAAUAAUGAACAACCUUCAACUACAAUACAAAUUAGAUUAGCUGACGGCAGCAACGUAAGAGCUCAAUUUAAUUUAUCACAUACCAUUGGCGAUGUCAGAAGAUAUGUUAUAAAUGUGAGACCUCAAUAUGCUCUGAGGGACUUUAAUUUACAAACAACUUUUCCUACUAAAGAACUUACAGAAGAAAGUAAAACUAUUGAAGAAUUAAAUCUUCAAAAUUCUGUUAUAAUGCAACGACUGAAAUAAUUAACAAUUAAAUAAUUAAUAUGAAUAAAUUGCUUUAAACAAA